AUGAAAGCCUUUAUUGCACUUUGUAUCCUCUUUGCAGGCGCUUAUUGCGCACCCAUGCUUGAUGAUCAACUUGGGAAUGCAUGGACUUUAUUCAAACGUGUUCAUAAAAAACACUACAAUUCAGUUGAAGAAGAAAAUGCUCGUCGAAAUAUUUGGGAAGCUAAUGUUGCCAAAAUUCACCAACAUAAUCUUGAAGCUGACAUUGGCAUUCACACUUAUACAUUAGGAAUGAACCGAUUUGGUGAUUUGACUCAUGAAGAAUUUAAACAGCAAAUGAACGGUUUAAAAAUCACCAACAAAACAAACAAGUUUGAUCGUCACACAUUUUUAGCUCCAUCACAUGUUGCUAUUCCAGAUGCUAUCGAUUGGCGCAAAGAAGGUUAUGUAACACCAGUCAAAGAUCAAGGACAAUGUGGAUCAUGUUGGGCUUUUUCAGCUACUGGUUCACUUGAAGGUCAACAUUUUGCCAAAACAAAACAACUUGUUUCACUUUCAGAACAAAACUUAGUUGACUGCUCAGGCAAAUUUGGUAACAUGGGUUGUAGUGGCGGUUUGAUGGACUCUGCUUUUCAAUAUAUCAAAGCUAACAAAGGUGUUGAUACUGAAGAAAGCUAUCCAUAUGAAGCUCGUGAUGGUAAAUGUCGAUUCAAAAAAGCUGAUGUUGGUGCUACUGACACAGGUUUUAUUGAUAUUAAGGCUCAGAAUGAAACCGAUCUUCAAAUGGCUAUUGGUACUGUUGGUCCUAUUUCAGCUGCUAUUGAUGCAACACAACCUUCAUUUCAAUUCUAUAAAUCAGGUGUUUAUGAUGAACCAAACUGCUCAUCAACACAACUUUGCCAUGGUGUUUUAGCUGUUGGUUAUGACACAGAUGGUAAACAUGAAUAUUAUAUUGUCAAAAACUCAUGGGGCACAUCAUGGGGUAAUGAAGGAUACAUCUGGAUGAGUCGUAACAAGAAGAAUCAAUGUGGUAUUGCUACCAUGGCUAGUUAUCCUCUUGUUUAA